GACAGCCAUGAGAUCUACUUCCGUUCAGAUAAAACCGGGGAUAAAACAAAACAAUAUGUGUACAACAUCAAUGUUCUCAAACAGAUAUUAGGUGAUGAUUUAUGUACUGAUCUGCUGUUUGUUCAUGCGUUCACAGGUUGCGAUACGACUUCAAGAAUCUUUGGGAUUGGCAAAAAAUCCGUUUUUCAAAAAAUUAUCAAGGGGGAAUCCGUGUUUCGUACAUGUUCAAAGAUUUUUUGUUCACCAGACAAAGAUCGAGAUACCGUUGAAAGUGCUGGCUGUAAGGCAAUGGUUUCAUUGUUUAAUGGGAAUCAAAACGAAUCUCUCGCAACCCUUAGGUACAAUUCGCUCUGUAAGAAAGUUUCAAGAGCCAAGACAUUCGUCACACCUGAACGACUUCCGCCAACUGCUUCUGCCACUAGAUUUCACUCGCUGAGGACGCAUUACCAAGUUAUGGUCUGGAUGGGCAUAAGUGAGGACAUGGUCUCUAACGACUGGGGAUUUAAAGUUCAAGGGGACAAACUCAUUCCGAUCAUGAUGGAUAAGGACCAUGCUCCCGAGGUUCUCCUCAAAAUGAUCCACUGCAACUGUUCCACUGGUUGUAACACGCUAAGAUGUACCUGUAAAAAACAUGGGCUUGAUUGUACAAGUGCAUGCGGACCUUGUCAAGAAGGGAACUGUGACAACAUGACACUGGGACCAAUACUAGAUGAAGACGAUGACGAAGAACAAUGA